CAUUUUGUCGCGUGCAAGAAAUUUCGAAGGGUAGGUUGAGCGUCAGAGAAAAGAUCAGUCUGGGUCAUUAACACGCAAAGUAGAACAGCGCGUUUUUAAGUCUGGUUGUUCUCAAUAAUGUCUGAAAACACGUCGGCAGUAGAUUUGGGGGCUGGAGAGGCUCUUGAAGGCGCCGGGGUUCGAAAAUUAUCAGAGCUGAGAGUCAUCGAUCUAAGGGCCGAGCUGAAGAAACGAAAUCUGGACAUCAGUGGGAACAAGAGCAUACUAUCCGAACGCCUUAAAAAGGCCAUUGAGGAGGAAGGAGGCAAUCCUGAUGAAAUAGUGGUUCAGCUUGAAAUCACGCCUAAGAAGGCACCUAGGAGAACUCCAAAAGGGAAAAAAGCAGAAGCAGAUGAAUCUGAGGACUGCGCACUGGAAGAGGAGUCUGUUGAUGGCCAGGAUGAUGGGGAUGCACACGGAGAGAGUGUCCAUGACAUGGACAUCAUGGACAUGAAUGUCCUGGAUGAAGCUGAUAUAGAUAACAGCAUGAUGCCAGAAGAAGACGAGUAUUAUGAGAAUGAACUUUUCAACGAGUUUCCGAAUGAAACCAAUGCAGAUGACUUUGAUGAUUCUGAUGCACUUAAGUCUGAGUCAGAGGAGGAUAUGGAGAGUAAAGCUGCAGACUCGGAAGAUCACCAGAAACGGAAUACUCGGGGUUCUCGGCCACAGGCUGAACAUGAACACGUGACAGAAAGUGAGAAAGUAGCCGGGUGUUGUAUAUCAGAGCCGCUUAACGAGGAGCUGCCUGAAGAGGAGAACGCUUCACUGUGGGAUGAUUCUCGCAAGGAAGAGGAGGACAAUGUGUCCAACCUCGGUAAAGCCGAGGAGGCCGGCAAUGUGGGAGGAGACAUUGACGCCUCAGAGCAAAGCGAAGUCCAUCCGCCAUGUGAGGACCAGCAAGGCGUUAAGGACAAUUCGCCGGGUGCCGAGAGCGCCUCUGCUCAGGCUGCUAACGCAAAUGAAACAGGCUUGCACAAAAACGAAAGCGCCGAUUCAGAAAGCGUGGCGAAGGCCGAGGGGACCAAGGAAGACACGAAGACUGAAGAGAGUGCUGCAGAAUCUUCAGAAGUGAAAGAGUCCUCAGUAGAGGGUGAUGAUCAGAAAAAGAGCAGUGAUGAAAAAUCAGGCAAACCUGACUCAAAAGAUGACAAAGCAGGUGGUGCUGCGAGUAGUGGAAGGAACCUGUGGGUCAGUGGCCUCUCGUCAACCACAAGAGCGACUGAUCUGAAGAAUCUGUUUAGCAAAUAUGGCAAAGUGGUGGGAGCUAAAGUGGUGACGAAUGCUCGCAGCCCAGGGGCUCGUUGUUACGGUUUCGUGACUAUGUGCUCUACAGAGGAGGCCACCAAAUGCAUAGACCACCUGCACCGGACUGAGCUGCACGGCCGCAUGAUCUCUGUGGAGAGAGCAAAGAACGAGCCAGCUGGGAAGAAACCUGCAGAUGCUAAAAAGUCAAGCAGUGACAGAAGACACUCCUCAGAGUCCAAGACUGAGAAGUCUGACAGCAAGGAUGAGAAAACAGAAGGCUCAGAUGAUAAAGCUGCCGGGGAGAGGACUGUCGUCAUGGACAAAUCAAAAGGAGAGCCUGUUAUCAGCGUCAAAACCAAGAGCAAGGAGAGGAGCACGAAGAGUCGUGACCGCAAAUCAUCGAGCAAAGACAGGAAGGACAUUUUGUCAUUUGAUCAAAUCAAAGAGCAGAGAGAGCGUGAGAGACAGAGGCAACGUGAGCGAGAGAUCCGAGAGGUAGAGAGGCGCAGGCACUCAGGUGGCGAUCGUGACAGUCGUAGUGAGCGUGAGCGAAUCCGCCUGUUUCGUGAACGCGAGGAGCGCGAGAGACUGAUGCGUAAGCGUAACUGGCUGGAGGUGGAGAAGCAGCGCCUGGAUGCUGAUCGCAUGGAACGCGAGUUCCUCGAACGUGAGCGCUUGCGAGUGGAGUAUGAGCGCCGCCGUGAGCAGGAGCGAAUUCACAGGGAACGUGAGGAACUACGUAGACAACAGGACCAGCUUCGCUACGAACAGGAGCGCCGUCCACUUAAGAGACCCUACGACAUGGAUGGAAGGAAAGACGACUGGCCAGUAAAAAGGAUGCCAAUGGAUGACCGAUAUGGUCGCUCAGAUUUUGGUCGUCAGGAUCGCUUUCAAGAUUUCGACCACCGAGAUCGCAGCCGUUUCCAGGACGACAUGUUUAUGGAAAGGAGAGAUGGUCCCAGGGGAGGCAUGCCUGGAGACAGAGAAGGCCCGCACUUCUCUGAUCGAGACCGGCACAACAGAGACUCCCGAGAUAACUGGAGUGGAGGUGCUUAUGACAAACGGCCAAUGAAUACUCCAAGGCCAGUCCCUGGCAGAGAUGGCCGAGACUGGGAGCCUGGGCGUAAGAUGGAAGGUGACAGACCCUGGCAAGGACCAGAUCGUGGUAUGCCAGGCCAGAGUCACAUGGGCCGAGGAGGAAUGGCCAGCCGAGGUGGAUACAUGCAGACAGGGGCAUCCCAGUCUAUAUCCGGAACCAUAAACCGACAGAACCAGAUGAUGCAAGGUGGUGGUGGUGGCGGCAUGCAGGGGGGUGGAGCCUUCGGCCGCCGUUACUGAUCUGUUUUUCGUCCAUCAGCCUUUGUUCUUUUGUUUUGUUUUUUGUACUUAAUUGUGAUCUUGCAGCUUGUAUAUAGCUUCUAAAGCUUUGUAAAUUUUUAAAGAUCUUUUCUGUUGGCCGUAUGAUGACUAAACUAUUACAAAGUACAAUACGUCAAAUUUUAUCUUUUUUUUUUUUUCGUUUCCCCCCCCCCAUCUCAAGUUCACAAUUUUUAGAUCUUCUUAGUUUUUGUAAUGCUCAGGAAUGUUGUGUGAAGCUGAAUAUAAUGCAAGUUUCAGUGAGGUCUUCACAUUUGUUUUAUUUAAAUGGAUGCAGACGUGAUUUUUUUUUUUUUUUUUUUUUUAAGUUCAGAUUAUGUAGAUUGUUCCUCCUUCCUUGUGAUGAAGUGAAUUGCAUAUGUGGUGUUGACAGAUGGUGCUGUUGUGUUCUUAUUCCCUUAGAGCAACUCCUGUAACACUUCUUAUCGUCAUUACUGUGUGCGCAUGAUCGGCCAAUUUUCCCUGGUUGAUGAGUGAAUAAAGUUGUUUCGUAAAAA